AUGGAGCUGAGCUGUUCCUGGGACGCCUCAAGGGCGUCACUGAGCCUGAGAAGAAGCGCAAGAUUAUUGGCGGAACCUUCAUCGACCUUUUCGAGAAGGAGGCCAUUCGGAUCGAGAAGGAGGCAGAGAACACGCCCAAUGCCGGCAAGGUCGAGUGGUUCCUUCAGGUUCGUCGCUAACUGGAUUUUAGUAUCGAGUCGCUCUCGUUCAAGGGUCCCAGCGCGACCAUCAAGACCCAUCACAAUGUCGGAGGUCUGCCCGAUACUCUCAAGCAAGGACGAGGUCCGAAGCUUCGGUAGGGAGCUCGGUAUCCACAACGAUCUCAUCAUGAGACACCCCUUCCCUGGUCCCGGAAUCGCCAUCCGGAUUUUGGGCGAGGUCACACCGGAGCGCGUGGCGAUCGCUCGGGCGGCCGACAACAUCUUCAUUUCGAUGAUCAAGGAGGCUGGCAUCUAUGAUCAGGGAGACGCCAGGGUGUACGGCUACAUCGUCAUUCUCAGGGCCGUCCAGACGGCCGACUUUAUGAGUUGCGAGCCGUUUGAGUUCGACUUCAACCUGUUGAAGAAGAUCUCGACACGCAUCGUCAAUGAGGUCGAAGGCGUCUCGCGUGUCGUCUACGACAUCACCAGCAAGCCGCCCGGAACCAUUGAGCUCGAAUGA